UUCAGCCUUAAAAGUGCUGAUGGCAAUGCUUGCUAUGGCAUCUGUGGCUUCACCAGUUAUAUUUAAGGAGUUUUGUCCUUUAUAUUACCUUCUCAAUGCCAUUCCUACAAAGAUCCAAAAAGGCUUUCGCUCUAUCGUGGUGUAUCUCACAGCGCUUGAUACCAAUGGAGACUACAUUGCUGUGGGGAGCAGUAUUGGAAUGCUUUAUCUAUACUGCAGGCAUUUAAACCAGAUGAAAAAAUACAAUUUUGAGGGGAAGUGUGAAUCUAUUACAUUUGUAAAGCUGUUGAGUUGCUUUGAUGAUCUGGUUGCUGUUGGUACAGCCUCUGGUCGGGUUGCAGUUUUUCAGCUGGUAUCUUCGUUACCUGGAAGAAACAAACAGCUUCGGAGGUUUGACGUUGCUGGAAUCCACAAAAGUAGUAUUACAGCUUUAGCUUGGAGUCCCAAUGGCAUGAAACUGUUCUCUGGAGAUGACAAAGGGAAGAUUGUCUACUCUGCCCUAGACCUGGACCAGGGUAUUUGCAACUCCAGCCUUGUAUUGGAAGAGCCAUCUUCAAUUGUUCAGCUGGAUUACAACCAGAAAGUGCUGCUUGUUUCAACUUUACAACGGACUCUACUUUUUUACACAGAAGAGAAAUCUGUCAAGCAAGUCGGAACACAGCCCAGAAAAAACACUGGGAAAUUUGGAGCAUGUUUUAUACCUGGCCUAUGUAAACAAAGUGACAUAACGCUAUAUGCUGCCAGACCUGGACUCCGUCUCUGGAAGUCUGAUGUUCAUGGGGCGGUUCAGGCCACAUUCAUAUUGAAAGAUGUAUUUGCUGGAGGAAUAAAAACUUUUGAACUGUAUCCUCGUUUGGAACCACCUGACAGAGGAUGUUACAGCUCCCCAGAGAAACACCUUGGGCUUGUUUCGUGCUUUUUCCGAGAAGGAUGGGUACUGACCUGGAAUGAAUACAGCAUCUACUUACUAGACACUGUGAAUCAGGCUUUGAUUGGUGGCUUGGAAGGAUAUGGUGAUAUAGUGUCUGUGUCCUGUACCAACAAUGAGAUUUUUCUCUUAAAAGGAGAUAGAGACAUUAUAAGAAUUUCAAGUAGACCUGAAGGACUGUCAUCAAUAGCAAAUACCAGUCCUAAAUUGCUGACUCCGUUAUCAGCAGGUUCAUUGGUAUCACCUAGCACUUCAGUGGAAACAGAUAAAAAAAUGGUUACUUCCUCUUCAGUCAUUGGUGAUAAAAGUGACUCUUCAGUUAAAGAUGAUCUGGAAAUCCCAGCAUUACCAGAGGAAGGUUUUGAUAGAGUGGGAGACUUGAACAAUGAAACAAGAAAAAGGGUCUGCUCGGUCGUAUGUGAAUCAAGAAGCAGGAGCAGUUCAGUAAAUUCUGUGGACAGCGGCUCUGGCUUUAUGGUAUGUGCAGACCAAGUUUCAGAAGCUCAGAGAGAAGGUCAGCUUUCUUCACAACGGUUCAGCACAAUCAGCUCUGAAGAUUUUGAUCAAGAACUGAUUGUAAAGCCAAUUAAAGUGAAAAAGAAAAAAAAGAAGAAACAAGAAAGUGGGACCAGGAAAAACCACAGCUCUCUGGAAGGUGCACUGAUUUAUGAGCGUCAGCUUUCUGGUGAUAGUCCACACUCGCUGAAUGCAGACUCCAUUUCUGUGACUUCCAGCCUAAUGAGUGGUAGCAUUGAUCAUUUGAGUACUGGAUCUCCAGAUCAGGAAAGCAUGUUCAGUGUGGAGUCCCAUAUGAUAUUGCAAGAAGAUAAUGGUUCAGAAACUUUCAGUGUUCUACAGUCUCCUGAAUCUGCAAGUGUACUGAUUAAUGAAGAAAGUGGAGAUAUGGUUGAUUUACAGAAACUUCCAAACAGUGACAGUGGCAUGGGUACUUCAACUGUUGCAGAUACUGUGACAUCUGUCUCUCCUCUAAUGCUCCCAGAAGACUUGACUAGCAGUGUUGAUGGUGAACAUAAUGGUAGUGUGGUUUCUGCAAGCCCUGAGUGCUGUCUUGGAAAGCUGAGCCAAGAGGAGGAGCAGGAUUUUCCUAUGUUAUGUAAAAUAGAUGAAAAAUUAGAUAGAAUGAAGCUGCAGGACCCUGAAGAAUAUUUUGAAGAGCCAGACCUUACAGACCAAAUGUUUUUGGAAUGUGGAAGUGUACUUGGUGAUCAAGCUUCACUGACACCAAAGGAAACUGAUAAAACUGGUAGGGAGGAACAACAGCAGCUCUCUCUAAUACACAGUGCUCUGUCUGAUCCUUCUGUGCUCCACUUUGGCAUCUCUAGCGAUGUUUAUUCAGAAAACACUUCCAUUUCUGGAUGGAAUUUUGAAAGUGCAAUCAAAGCUAAAUCUAGUACUAGCACUGCUGAAUGGGUAACAGACACUCAUGAAAGUAAGACUGAGAAAUCUGCUUCAAGUGAUGAAGAAGAUAUUUAUGGACAUGGAUUACCGUAUUCAUCCUCAGAGACUAGCAUGCCUGAUGUAGGUGCUGGCCCUGGUUCCCAGGAUGUGGCCAAAAUAAGCCUAGAUGAAAUGGUGCUGUUAAAAUCUGAUCAGUUUGCAGAAAGUUGGAUGGGAUACUCUGGCCCUGGUUAUGGCAUCCUGAGCCUGGUGGUCUCGGAAAAGUACAUUUGGUGCCUGGACUACAGAGGCAGCCUGUACUGCAGCGCCCUUCCUGCAGCAGGGCUGCGGUGGCAGAAGUUUGAGGAUGGUGUCCAGCAAGUGGCAGUUUCCCCCUCAGGGGCUCUUCUCUGGAAAAUUGAACAGAAGACUAACAAAGCAUUUGCUUGUGGAAAAGUAACUAUAAAAGGAAAACGCCACUGGUAUGAGGCUUUACCCCAGGCUGUAUUUGUAUCUUUGAGUGAUGACACUGCCUGGAUUAUCAGAACAAAUGGAGAUCUAUAUCUGCAAACAGGCCUGAGUGUGGAUCGUCCUUGUGCCCGAGCAGUAAAGGUUGACUGCCCUUAUCCACUGUCACAGGUCACAUCCAGAAAUAAUGUUGUGUGGGCACUGAGUGAGCAGCGGGCCCUGCUCUACCGGGAGGGAGUACGCAGCUUUUGUCCUGAAGGAGAGCAGUGGAAGAGUGAUAUUGUCAGUGAAAUGCAAGCUUUGGAACCAGUGUGCAUAACCCUUGGAGAUCAGCAGACAUUAUGGGCUUUAGAUAUCCAUGGAAAUCUGUGGUUCAGAACUGGUAUAGUUUCAAAGAAACCACAAGGAGAUGAUAACCAUUGGUGGCAAGUAAGCAUCACUGAUUAUGUCGUGUUUGACCAAUGCAGCCUAUUCCAGACAAUAAUCCAAGCAACUCAUACAGUGGCAACAGCAGCUCAGGCACCUGUAGAGAAGGUGGCUGAUAAACUUCGAAUGGCAUUUUGGUCACAGCAGCUUCAGUGUCAACCCAGCCUCCUUGGGGUUAAUAGCAGUGGUGUCUGGAUCUCUUCAGGCAAAAAUGACUUCCAUGUGGCAAAGGGAAACUUAGUAGGCACUUACUGGAAUACUGUUGUGCCUCGUGGUACUGCUUCUGCCACAAAAUGGAAUUUUGUUUUGGCUUCCACAGCUCCAUCUAAAGAAGGAAGCUUUCUGUGGCUGUGCCAAAGCAACAAGGAUCUGUUUUGUGUCAGUGAUCAGAAUCCUCAGUUUCAUCCUUCUACGGUACAGCUGCCACCAGAGGCUGAAAUGGUGCAUUACUCUGCCUGCCAAGAUGCCAUCUGGGGCUUGGAUAGUCAUGGGCAGAUAUUUAUUAGAACACUUUCAUCCAGCUGUCCAACUGGGAUGCACUGGACAAAACUGGACCUCUCUCAACUAGGUGCCAUUAAGCUGAUCAGCUUGACCUGUGGAAAUCAGCAUGUUUGGGCUUGUGACACCAGUGGUGGCAUUUAUUUCCGUGUAGGAACUCAACCUCUUAACCCAAGUUUGAUGCUUCCUGCGUGGAUAAUGAUCGAGCCACCUAUGCAGCCAGUUGGAAUCAACUUGAUCAGCAUUCAUUCAAGUCCAAAUGAUCAGAUGUUGUGGGCAAUUGAUAGCAAAUGGAAUGUCCAUGUACGAGUGGGAAUUACAGAUGAAAUGCCUGUAGGUACUGACUGGGAACAUGUACCAGGUUUGCAGGCUUGUCAGCUGGCUAUAAGUACAAGGACUGUCUGGGCACGCUGUCCAAAUGGAGACGUAGCUCGUCGAUACGGUGUUACUGACAAGAAUCCAGCAGGAGACUACUGGAAGAAGAUUCCUGGAAAUGUCUCACGUUUAACAGUGACCCCUCUAGAUGAACUGUGGGCGAUCAGUGCUUCAGGAUCCCUUCUCCAGCGCCUCACUAAGACCUUUAGCCAUUCCCAUAAUUUGCAGAAAAAUAAUGACACUUCUGUUCUGCUCCACCCUGAUGAUUUUGAAGAUGAAUGGGAAGUGAUAUGAAGUAUCUCAAGCUUGUGAAGCAAUGAGAAAAACUGAAGGACAAGAUUCCUGUAAUGUCUGUCCAGAAUGUUGGAUCUAAAAGCCACUCCUACUGGACCUGUGAUAUUAGCACUUUCGUAUUGAAAGACUGACCUGUUGAAUAGCCCCCAAGCUGUGAGUUCUGAUGUUUGUUCCAUUAUCUCUUGGGAGACUCUUUAGGUGUGGCAUACUGCAAUUGUUAUACCGUACUACUGUAGAAGCUCCUUUGGAAAUAUAACUCUUAAGUUAAUCUUACUAGCAAUGAAAGUGACUAUUUCACAACAGCAUGCACACUAAUACAUGUGUACUUAUUUUGAGAAGGAAUUCUGUUGCAUUAAAUAUUUCUUUAUGGCAGAAACAUUAAGCAUUUUUCAAUUUCUUCUUGUACUUGGAACUCCAAGCCGAUGGGAACACUUUCCAACUGCUAUACAUAUACUUACAGUUUUUCCUUGCAGUGUGGAAGAAAAUAAGACAAAGUAUUUCUUAGUAAGGUCUCAGAACAUCAUGAUUACACAGCAUUGGUGUUGAACUUAAUUUAAUCCAUUUCCUUAGAAAUAUCCACAAGGCCAUACUAACCUUCCAUUUCUGUAAAUUUGGUUCAUAAUUUGACUUCGUUCACAAGGGAGGAGUUUGGAUUACACCUAGU